AUGAUUGUCGCUUAUUCUUUCUCCAAGAAUAUGGGUUUGUACAAUAAAAGAGUAGGAGGUUUGCACAUUGUCACCUCCAGUCAAGAGAUUGCUACAAAACCGUUGAGCAAUCUCAAAAUUGUAAUCAGAACUUUUAUUCUUGUCCUCCUGCUAUUGGAGGGAGAAUUGCAAGUAGAAUUCGGUUUUAUGAGAAGUAUUACAAGGAAUGUAUUGAAGAAUUGA